CAAUGACGCAAAUACGCAAUACAGUAAAUUUCCAUUGAGAAAUAAAAGAUUCUCAGAUUCGCGGUACCUCAUACCUGCGAGCUGCGAAAGGAAGACUGCAUGUUCCAGAAGUAGCGCUCUAUAGAAGACAGACGUCUCCACCGCACAUAUCAGUUGUCAGCCAUCCCUGUCGUAGGCCGUUGCCAGUAGCCACCUCCAAAUCAAGGAGAAGAAGAAAGGAGAGGGAGGACUAAAGCACCUACGAGCAUCGAGAAACUGAAAACAUUCUCUUGCUCGUUAUCCUCCUCCUCUUCUUUUCAUUCUAUUUUUAGCACCUCUUGAAACAUUCCUGUUUGUAGAAAAGCCCUAAUGGGAGAAAAACAGAAGUCUCAACAGAAUCGGAAGACGACGAUUCCACCGUAUAUGAAGGCAGUAUCCGGUUCCAUCGGAGGGAUCGUUGAGGCUUGUUGUCUUCAACCCAUCGACGUUAUUAAGACGAGGUUGCAGCUCGACAGGUCUGGAACUUACAAGGGAAUUUUUCACUGUGGCUCUACGGUAUCGAGGACCGAAGGCGUGCGGGCUCUCUGGAAGGGAUUGACCCCAUUCGCCACCCAUCUCACCCUCAAGUAUGCUCUUCGAAUGGGGUCCAAUGCCGUACUUCAGACGGCGUUCAAGGACUCGGAGACCGGAAAGCUCAGCAAUCAAGGAAGGAUGAUUGCUGGAUUCGGAGCCGGCGUUCUCGAAGCGCUUGUUAUCGUUACACCAUUUGAGGUAGUGAAGAUUCGAUUGCAGCAACAGAAAGGACUAAGUCCUGAGCUUUUAAGAUACAAGGGUCCUGUACAUUGUGCUCGCAUGAUAGUCCGUGAGGAAGGACUUCUUGGGCUCUGGGCAGGGGCAGCACCAACUGUUAUGCGCAAUGGGACAAACCAGGCUGCCAUGUUCACAGCCAAGAAUGCAUUUGAUGUUAUCCUGUGGAAGAAACAUGAAGAAGAUGGUAAGGUCCUUCAACCAUGGCAGUCUAUGAUAUCAGGUUUCCUGGCAGGGAUUGCAGGUCCUGUAUGCACAGGCCCCUUUGAUGUUGUGAAGACAAGGUUGAUGGCUCAGAGCCGAUCUGGGGGUGAUCUGAAGUACAAGGGCAUGUUUCAUGCCAUCAGAACCAUAUUUGCGGAGGAGGGAUUGCAUGCUUUGUGGAAAGGUCUGCUGCCUAGGCUCAUGAGGAUCCCCCCUGGCCAGGCCAUCAUGUGGGCUGUGGCUGACCAAGUGACCGGCCUGUACGAGAGGAGGCAUAUACAUAAUGCAACGUUGUAGGUGGGGGAUCUACCUAGAGUUGUAAAGUGGGUUGGAUUGCCUAUGAGACAGGCUAUGCUGUCCAGACACUGUAGCAAGUGAUCAUGCCAGGCCCCACUCGAACCCCUAUCAUGCUGGGCUGAGAAUUUUGUGAUGCACGGGUUGGCACCGUAUGAUGCACAGGCUUUGUUAAACAAAACCUAAAUUAAAUGAAGUUUAUGACAUUUUAAAUUGAACAAAACCAAACUAAUCCCAACCCAUCACCUAUUACUCACCCAGUGACAUCUUAAAAGUUCUAAUUGUGCCAUGCAUCGGAAUUAUGGCUGAUGAGGGUGGAUUUGGCCCUCGUAUGACAUUGUGACACAUGGUACCUCAGAAUAUCUAGGUGAUACCCGGAACCAUUUUGCCAACAACUUACCUUAACCAAGUUGAUGGUGUCUCACCACAGGCGUGACCUGGCCCUGGCGGGACCUGGCAGCCUAGCACAAGCAUGAGCUGGCAACCUAGCCCUGGCGCGAGCUGGCAGCCUG